GCAAUUAACGCAUUUUUAAUUACUUUUUCUUCUUUUUAUGCAAUAGAUCUUUGCAGUUAUAGGACCUUGGUAGUGGGGAAACAAAUUAUAUAAAAAAAAUUGGUUAUCAAAUAAGUUGAACACAAUGAGGUCGAAUGCUCGCCCCGUGGAGCUCCAGGAGGGAUUCUACAUCCCUAUCGCGCUGGAUACCAACAACAUCACAUCACUCAGCCCCUUCCUGGUUCCUCAGGACCACCUGGCGGGCAGUGCUAUCUUCUAUGGCAUGUCAUUUUUCAUGUUCUUCCUAUUUGUUGCCGGCACUGCUAUCAACGUCCUUACCAUUGUGUGUACUAUCCAGUUCAAGAAGCUGCGAUCCCAUCUCAACUACAUCCUGGUGAACUUGGCAAUUGCUAACCUGCUGGUGUCCAUGUUUGGGUCCUCCACCGCCUGCUUGUCCUUCGCUAACAGAUACUUUAUCUUGGGAUCAGUUGCAUGCCAGUUUGAGGGAUUUGCAGCUACUCUAGGCGGUAUGGUGAGCUUAUGGUCUCUCUCAGUAGUGGCGUUUGAAAGAUGGUUGGUUAUUUGUAAGCCAAUCGGUAACUUUCAAUUCAAGAGCACCCAUGCAAUAAUUGGCUGUGCAGUCACUUGGGUGUUUGGGUUGGCUGCCAGUCUUCCCCCUCUGUUUGGCUGGAGUAGAUACAUUCCAGAAGGUCUCCAGUGCUCCUGUGGACCAGACUGGUACACCUCAAACAACAAAUACAACAAUGAGUCCUAUGUGAUGUUCCUCUUCUUCUUCUGCUUCGGAUUCCCAUUUAGUGUAAUCGUUUUCUGCUACGCCCAGCUGCUCUUCAUGAUGAAAGCGGCUGCCGCAGCACAGGCAGACUCUGCCUCCACCCAGAAGGCAGAGAAGGAGGUCACCAAGAUGGUGGUGGUAAUGGUGCUGGGCUUCCUAGUGUGCUGGUUGCCCUACGCCUCCUUUGCCGUCUGGGUUGUACAAAACCGUGGUGCACCCUUUGAUCUUCGAUUGGCCACCAUACCUUCCUGCUUUUCCAAGGCCUCCACAGUCUACAACCCUCUCAUCUAUGUCUUAAUGAAUAAGAUGUUCCGCUCAUGCAUGAUGAAUUUGCUGGGAUUGAAGUCCGGGGAUGAUGAGGAAGCAUCAUCAACAUCAUCAGUCACUCAAGUGUCUUCUGCUGGUUAAAGAGGGCAUCUCUAUUUUUAUUUUACUUGAUGAACUGUUGCUACUGUAUGAUCAUUUGUAUAUUGUAAAUAAUAUUGAAUGUGCACUCAACAGGAUGUUUUGUCCUUGAAGGUGUUGUCAAAAAUAUGUGGUAUGAUAA